CAUACGCAUGCGUGUUUUAUUUUGCGUGUAUUGAUAACAACCACAAGCGCACACGCACAGACAGAGACAGACACAAAUCGCAAAGUAAGUUGGUUUACAUUACUGAACUGAAGACACUUUCUUGAAUAAAAUAUAAUCAGUCAGAAAUAAUUGUGAAUGAUGCGAGGAGGAGGAGGACGUCCAUUGAACCGAGGCGCUCAAUUACGGGUUCCGUACAAAACAGUGAAAACUCAUGUGGCCAAGCCACCGUUUGAUUUAACUAUUUCUGAAAGUAGUUUUCAGAGAGUUCAUCCGUCGAAUGAUGAUAAUUUCCAAGCGAUGCUUCUGAAACGAGUGAGCGAACUGACUCCAACAGAAGCCGAAUUGACCAACUUGAGUACUUUGAUUACAGAAGUACAAAAUGUGUUUCGUAAUUUGAUCGCAUCUCCUGGGAAUUUCAGCGGCUGUCAAAUUGAAGAAUCUAGACCGGUCGGAUCUUAUAAAAAGGGAACCAUUUUACGCGGACAUAAAAUUGCGGACGUUGUAGUUAUUUUACAAACGUUACCUUUUCAAAAAUCUAUCGAGGUGCUCGCAGCCCGUGUUUUAGAAGAUUUGAAAAAAUCAACUAACAUUCCCCAAGCUGACAAAUACAUUUAUGAAUUGAAUGAAAAUGGUUUCUUCAUAAAAGGUGGUUUAGGGGGAGUACGGAUUCGUAUCGCUACUGUAUCGACUAAUUACAGUAAAUUGGACCCUAACGUACACCUUCCUUUGAAAACGUUGGAAAAUCACGCUGCUGCUAUUAAACAUGUUCGGUGGUUCGAAGAAAGUGCUCCGAAUCCUACAAUAAGAAGUGUUGUGCGGCUUUUGCGCGAUUUGAAGAAUAGAUUUGAAGGGCUCGCCGUUUUGUCUCCUUGGAUGAUUGAUCUUCUGGCUUUUCAUUGUGUUACGAAUUAUCCGAAGAAAGAACCAUUAAACGAAUGCGCUGCCUAUAAACGUGCUCUACAACUACUUGCAGCUGGUUUAUUUUUGAUUGGAUCAGCUGGUAUUGCUGAUCCGUGUGACAACAACAAAUGGCUCCAUAAUGCUAUGCCAUAUGAACAGCAAGAUUUACUGUGUUUAACAGCUCAGAAUUUGAUUCGUGUGUUGGCGCACGGAGGAUUUUCACCUCUGUUGAAUGGAAAAUCGAAUAUCGCUACAACAGCCACAAUGUGGCAAGGAGUCGUUGUCAAUCCUUUGGAGAAAGCUUAUGAGAAACCCAAAGAACCAACUGUUGAAGAGAUGGAAGUAUCGACUACCGAAACGUGAACUCCUUUUUUUCCUUCCUUUCCUAUUUUUUUACCGAGUAUUUUUUUUAUAACAGAACAAAAAUUGGAAACGUAUUUGUGUGAGUGUGUUUAAUUAUUAAUCAACAUGUAAAAUUGUUAUGAUAUGAGUUAAGAAAAACAACUAAACAAUCCUAUCUAUAAUUUGAAUAUAAUUUUUUAUCAUCAGUAGUUGGUACGCCGCAAAACGAAUUGAAAAAAAGUAUACAUCGAUAAAUAUUGAAAAUGUCACCGUUGACGUUGAUUCGGUUAUUAAUUAGGUACUUAUUUGACUAGAAUGUUAUCUUAUUGAGUUAAUACAAUAGACGUCUGAUCGUUCUCUUAGUUUACUUUACAUAUAUCUAUAAACAUAAACGUAUCGAUAAUUGACUAGAAAAAAUUACAGUGUUUAGUGUUCA